CACAGGUGAGAACGUUCGACUUGUAGGUGGUUUCACUCCAUUUGAAGGUCGUGUAGAAGUAUUCUAUAAUGAUACAUGGAGUGCAAUUUGUAGCGAUGGGUGGGAAUUUGUAGACGCGGAGGUCACGUGCAGAAGUUUUGGUUUUCCAGGUGCAAUGCAUAUAUUAAAUAGUGCAUUUGGUGAUGGUCAUAGUGUUCUACUGGUUAAUAUUGGAUGUAAUGGAAAUGAGAGUACAAUAUUGAAUUGUUUAUUCUCAGUGAUGGAUGGAUCUCAAUGUUCUACUAGUCAUGCUGGUGUAUACUGUAAUUAUCCUGGCUACACUGGAUGUUUUGCAGAUGAUGAUAAUGAUCAGCCUUACAUUGGUGGCGAGUCAGAAAAAAAAGUAAAAAAAAUUCGUAACUGUAUAAACCAUUGCCAAAUGGAUUUCACAUAUGCUUCUAUUAGAGACACAUCUGAAUGUCGCUGUGGUGAAGAUUUUCCGGGUGAUAAAAAUUCUUUAGUACACAAUGAUCGUUGUGAUUUGCCUUGUCAGAACAAGGUGACUGAAAUGUGUGGAGGAAAUCAUGCCAGCUCAGUGUAUUCCACCACUUUAGGCAGUUGUACUGGUACACUUAACGAAACUAAAGGUUGGCUGUUUUCGCCGAAUUUCCCUGGUAAUUACCCCAAAAACAGCGAUUGUCAAUGGACAGUGCAAGUACCUCUUGACUUUGUAAUAGAGGUUACGCUGAGAAUGCUGCGUCUUAAUGAUGGCGACCAAGUAUCAUUCUAUAACAUAAGUGGACUACCUCAAAAUCACCCUGUCAUACUAACCAAUGACAAUAGUUUCCAGCCAUAUCCAUGUGCUAAUGAUCCAUGCCAAAAUGGUGCAAAUUGCACGGAUAGUCUGAAACAAUUUAUCUGUCACUGUUCAGAAGGAUGGGAAGGUACUACGUGUGAAGAUAGAGUAAACCCAUGUCAAAGUAACCCUUGUGUAAAUGAUGGGAAAUGUCAAUGGAGUGAUGGUGAUAUAUCAUACCACUGUGAUUGCCCGGAUGACAGAAUAGGACAGCAUUGUGACACGGGACUCACCGGUGGAGGGAUUGCUGUAGUUAUGGUGUCAAUAAUUAUUGCGGUUUCAGUUGUGGUAAUUCUCCGAAAGAAAAAAACGGAAUCGAACUCAACACAGUCAUCACCAACUUUGGACAACAAUGCCGACUACGAGGGCAUAGAUAUUAACACGAUUGAUGAUGCAAGCUACACCAAACUUAAUAUAAUUGGACUGGAAAGCAAUAGCUAUGAAGAAGUACACAGUAUCAAAACUUAG